AUGAGUGAUCGAGUGAUUACCAUUCUCAUCAAAGCCAAACCCAACAACAUCACAUUGCUACAAAUCUACGCACCAACUGCCGAAGCUGAAGAAGAUGAGAUUGAACAAUUCUAUGCAGAAAUUCAGGGCGCAAUCGAGGAAACAUCACGAGCAGAUGCUGUUGUGUAUAUUCUGGGAGAUUUCAAUGCCAAAAUUGGAGAAAUGGCAGAAGCAGACAUCGUUGGCAAAUUUGGAUUAGGAGAACGGAAUGAAGCAGGAGAUCGGCUGGUCCAAUUUUGUCAAGAACAACACAUGCGGUUAACCAAUACUUGGUUUCGGCAACCAAGAAGAAGGUUAUACACCUGGACGUCGCCAAGUGGACAGUACCGCAAUCAAAUCGACAACAUCCUAUGUCAGCAACGGUGGAAGAGUUCAGUCCAAGCUGUGAAGACGUUCCCUGGGGCAGACUGUGGAUCUGACCAUGAACUUCUGGUUGCCAAGAUCAAGAUGCGACUUUGCAGCGUUAAGCGACCACCCGCUUACCAGAAAUUUGAUACCAGCAAGAUCGGUCCAUCAUAUGCCGCUGAGAUCAGAAACCGUUUCGAACUGCUCGCCAUCGAAGAGAAUCAAGAAGCAGAAGAAAUAUUGGAGAAGGUGAAGGAAAUUGUCGUUGAAACAGCAGAGAAACAUGUACUGUACAAGAAACCCAUACGAUCAGCAAAGUGGAUUUCGGAGGAGACUAUUGCAAUAGCAGAAGAAAGAAGGAGAGCAAAGAUGACCAGAAGCAGGGAUGAAGUACGACGCCUGAAUGCAAUGUUCCAACAGGCCGCCAGGAAGGACAAAGAGAAAUAUUGGAAUGAGGGAUGUGCAAGGGCAGAGGAGGCAUACAGGAAAGGGAACAUGAGAGAACUUUAUCAACAUGUAAAGAAGACCCGUACAGUAUUCAUGGCCAGACAAGCAACCAUCCGAGGGAGAAAUAGUGAAGAACUGCAUGACCAAGAAGGGAUCAGGAAAAUAUGGAAAGAGUACACUGAAUAG